CCUCACUUUUCUGCUUGCACUGCCCUUCCUCCCGAUCCCGGCUUUGAAGCUUUUUGUUUUCGCCGGCCGCUGCGAUGGCAGGAAACUUCCCGGAGAGAUGGGCUGAGGCCAGGCUUGCGCUGCGCUGGGCUCCGCAGGGCACCGGCCACGCCGGGAGUUUAUUUGGAAAGGGAAUACUUUGCUGAAGAGAACAGCACAAGAUGACUUAUGAUUCCUGCUCUUCAUGGGAGCCCAUCUGGAUUGUCCCUGCAGAACGCUACAGCUUCCUUCCCUCUUCAGUGUUCUUGGCUUGUGGGGUCAUAAACCUCAGUGGAACUUUGGAUGGAAAUAUUGACAUGAAUUUAAGAACUUUGAUGCUUUCAGACAUUGAAUUUUGAUUUGUUAAAUGACCAGGAAUAAGAUACUGCCCGGACAACAUGAAAUGCCUUGUAGACCUUUGGUUGUGCUUUCAUUUCUCCUGAAGCAAUGGUUUUCUCAGCAAUGUUGACGCUGGCCCACUCUGGGACCUCAAAUGCUACUUUUAUUGUUUAUGAAAAUGCCUACAUGAAUUUUACCACUCCCCAGUUCUUGCUUCGCAGUGGCACAACACAGCCAUUGAGAUACAGUUCAGGUGCCGUGCUCACCACUGAGAGAAGUACUGUUCUGGUAAACACUACAGCUGUCCUACCAUCUCAAGAAGUUUUCAAGAGCUUGAGUUUGCCACUCCAGAUCAUUCUUUCUGCUGCUAUGAUAUUUAUCCUAGUGGUUUCUUUCCUUGGAAACUUUGUUGUCUGCCUCAUGGUGUACCAGAAGGCAGCUAUGAGAUCUGCAAUUAACAUCCUCUUAGCAAGCCUGGCUUUUGCAGACAUGCUGCUGGCAGUGCUGAACAUGCCUUUUGCUCUGAUAACAAUCAUUACCACUCAGUGGAUUUUCGGGGAUAUAUUUUGCAGAGUCUCUGCCAUGUUCUUCUGGCUUUUUGUCAUAGAGGGGGUAGCCAUUCUUCUUAUUAUUAGUAUCGACCGAUUUCUUAUCAUAGUUCAGAGGCAAGAUAAACUGAAUCCUCAUCGUGCAAAGAUUCUCAUUGUGAUAUCCUGGGCGGCAUCCUUUGUUGUUGCUUUUCCGUUAUCAGUAGGGAAUCCUAAUCUGCAGAUACCCUCAAGAGCACCUCAGUGUGUUUUUGGCUACUCUUCAAGCCCAGGUUACCGAGCCUACGUGAUAGUUAUCAUGCUAAUUUCUUUUUUUAUUCCAUUCCUGGUAAUGCUGUAUUCUUUUAUGGGCAUACUCAACACUGUCCGCCACAAUGCAGUUCGUAUCCAUAGCCACCCUGAUAGCAUAUGUCUCAGCCAGGCCAGCAAGCUUGGUCUCAUGAGCUUACAGAGACCUUUUCAGAUGAAUAUUGAUAUGAGCUUUAAAACUCGUGCCUUCACAACCAUCUUGAUUUUGUUCCUUGUCUUCAUAGUCUGUUGGGCACCCUUCACCACUUACAGCCUUAUUGCCACAUUCAACAGCCACUUCUACUACAAGCACAACUUUUUUGAGAUAAGCACUUGGCUCCUUUGGCUCUGCUACCUCAAGUCUGCACUGAACCCACUGAUUUACUACUGGAGGAUUAAGAAGUUUCACGAUGCAUGCUUGGACUUGAUGCCCAAAUACUUCAAGUUUCUGCCACAGCUACCUGGCCAUACAAGGCGGCGUAUUCGACCCAGCGCCAUCUAUGUGUGUGGGGAGCAUCGGUCCGUAGUUUGAAGCUGUGGUUGUUUGACAGUGAUUGUUGUUUUCUGGGAUUAUUUGUUGACUUAAGGUUGAAUUUAGUUUUAUUUAAUAUGGCUUCUUCAGUGUGGCCAUAUCUUACAACUUGAUAAAAUUUUCCAGUACUCUGUGCAAUUUUGGGAGGAAAGAUAGAGGGAGGGAAAGUGAUCGGUUAUAGUUGGGUUUACUAACCACAAUACAAUGUAAACAAAAUAACAAAUGUUACCUCUAGGAUUCCAUGGAAAUCCAUUCUUUUAAACAAAAAACACAUUUCUAACGUUUUGUCAGGUUUAUGCUUACUAGGCCUGCAAUUGCAUCUAAUUGUAGGGACUUUUUAUGCUGCUAAGAUACAGUAUAUUUAGUUGGUGUAAUUUUUCUGAAAAAUGUUGCUGCUGUCUGCCAAUAUAGUAGAGCCAAAAAGUCUCAUUAGAUGACUUCUAUUUAAUUGUAACAAUAUUUCGGAAGUUUUCAUGGUGACACUAGAAAACUUUUUUUUUUAAUAUUUCCAUUAGUAUUUUUGUGCACUUUACAAAAUAUAAUGUAGAAUUUGCUAAUUGGAAGAUUUCAUUCUGUAUCAAAGGGGUAUCAUUAUUAUUAUUAUUGUUAUUAUUAUUACUAUCAUUAUUAUUAUUAUUCUUUGUGAUAUGAGUGAAUUGCAGUGAAAAGACCCAUAUAAGGUCUAGGAAGACAGUUUAUGUUGGUAUAGUUACAUGCUCAGUCAUAGAUUUGCUGUUUUUCUAACAACUGAUCAAAACCUAACUGCUCAGUUAUCAGGGGAGUAGGUGGAAGGAGAAAAUGGAAGAAUGAAGGGAAAAAGAAGCAAUGAAAAUACCAUGUCCUGAGGUUUAGGUUAACACAAGACUUAAAAAACUAGAGUUCAUAUGAAAAUCAUCAGAGGGGGAAAGGCUGGCCGUAGUUGUUUACUUGAGGUUGUUAUAAGCUAUCCAAACCUAAUGAAUGGUAUGCCUGAAAACCUGUCUGAAAUUGUGACUUUGGGUCUACAAUUUGCAGUGUGUUGGUACAAAUGCUGUUUCUGCUUGGAGCUCCUGUAGAGCUCAGUGUGCUCUACGCUGCUGAAAUCCUGCUGGCAGGCCUUCAUUGGAAUAAGAUUAGGAAUAGUAGGGUAAACCAGCAAACAAAUAGCACAUGAACCAUAAUGGAGGCUAGGACUUAUUCUAUAUAGCGAUGUAUGGGAAAAACAUCCUCAACUUGCUUGUUUUCAUUUGAAGUAUUAGCCUGAAUGCAUAAACUAAUAAUGAAUAACAGUUGGCCCACAGAGUUUCCCAGGGAUGUAAGCUAAAUUCCCCUUUUCUCUCCAAUACUACUUUACACUGAUUUGUCAUUGCCCCUUUUCCUCUGUAGUGCCUGCUGCCUCAAAGGUUUUCUCUGCUGUUAGGCAGAAGCUUCCCUCUCUGAAAUGCCAAACCACUUUUCAGAUUAAUAUCAGGCUGUCUUGGUACAUGCUGGGAAAGCAGAAAGGCAAAGGUUUUCCUUGAUGAUAGCAAUCCAGACUCAGUUAUUUUAUUUUAUUUUUAAUUGGCUAAAUAAGUCUUUAAUGUGAGGUAAGUGAAAUUAAGACUCAGCCUUGGGCUUUAAAGUGAGAUCCUGAAUUACUCUGAGACUGGGGAGGAAUCGUAGAGUAGCUCACACAUGGACAUGUCCAGGUGGGUUUUGAAAGUCUCCAGAGAAGGAGACUCCGUAACCUCUCUGGGCAGCCUGUUCCAGUGCUCUGUCAGCCUCACAGUGAAAAAGUGUUUCCUUAUGUUUAUGUGGAACUUCUUAUGCUCCAGCUUUCACCCAUUGCCCCUUGUCCUGUCAUUGGACAUCACUGAGAAGAGCCUGUCUCUGUCCUCCUGACACUCACCCUUUACAUAUUUUUAAACAUUGAUGAGGUCACCCCUCAGUUUCCUCUUCUCCAAGCUAAAGAGACCCAUCUCCCUCAACUUUUCCCCAUAAGGGAGAUGUUCCACUCCCUUAGUCAUCUUUGUGGCUUUGUGCUGGACUCUUCAAGCAGUUCCCUGUCCUUGAACUGAGAGGCCCAGAACUGGACACAAUAUUCCAGAUGCAGCCUCACCAAGGCAGAAUAGGGGGGGGGGGAGAACCUCUCUUGACCUACUAACCACACCAUGCCAGUGCUUCCUUCCAUGAUCUCUUCUUCCACUUGAGUUUGCCCAGAAGUUCUCUCUUUAACCAUGCGGGUCUCCUGGCUCUCUUUCUUGAUUUGCUACCCAUUGGGAUGCUCUGAUCUUGAGCUUGGAAGAAGUAGUCCUUGAAUGCUAAUGAACUAUCUCGGGCCCCUUUACCUUCUAGUACCGUGUCCCAUUGGAUUUCCCCUAGCAAUUGCCUGAAAAGGCUGAAGUUGGCCCUGCUGAAUUUGUGCAUCCUUGCAGUGAGCUUUUUGGGGCUGUCUGUGACUAAGUACAGGAGGAUUAAUGUACAACAAACUUAUCAACCAGGGCUAGGGUUUGGGCAUUUCUUGCUUCCAUCUCUCUUUCAGUACCCCAAACGACAGGGACCUCUUCAUUGUUGUACCUGAGGAGCAAAUAAUAGCAAUUUUAUCUAUUUCUACCUGUCCACACAGAAUGUAUAUGUGUGAAGGAAAUGCCCUGUACUGUGUGGGUGCCCAGGGUCUGCUUGUUUCCUAAACAUUUACACCCCAGAUUUUAUUUAGACCUUCAGCUAAGAAAGAAAUUAACACUUAUUUCUGUUCUUCUCAUGGACAGCUCUCAGUAAAAGUGUUGGCAAGAUUUAAAUUUUAGGGGUAUAAAAGGAACAAUUUUGAAUGUAGUAAUCUCAUUGUUUUUAAAAAAAGAGUUGCUGAUGUGGUGGGUUACAAUUAAAGGCACCCAGGGAGUGACAGUGUUAUGGGUAUCCAUGCUUUCCAUUCGUUGUCAACUUCACUGAUGGUGGUAUGGAAUCUUGUGAUCAAAAUGAGAGGCUGUAGAGUUCCACUGUAAAGCAGAGUCUUUUAGUGUGUGUUUGCAGUGUAGCUUUUCCUUCUCAAUUACAUUUAAAUUGAUAGCAGAAUUUUAUGACCUAGUUAGUAUGGAUUUUCUGUUUCAGAGCUGUCAUGCCUGUUUACCUCUGAAAGCAGCAAAAUUGUGCUUAGAGUUAAUGUAGUAGUGUGAAAGAGCAUACACUGUCGAAGAUGGCAAGAACAGGUGUUUUUCCUGUCUUCCAGAGCUAUAAUGCAAGAGGUUUGAAUGAAUGUCAUAAAACAUGAUAAUUCAAGAAGGGAAGAGGAUGAGUAAUACAGGAAAGUUAAUGUAAUUGCUUUCUUGAAUGGGGGGGAGGGAAACAUUUUGUGGGAAUUUCAUAAUCUCUGACAAGUCCUGUCUGUGAAGUAGAAAUUUCAAACAUUGAAGUAAGUUAAUUUGUCUUGGUAAUUUAGUAUUUGUUUACACUGACCAUAACAGGGUUUCUGCUCAGAGUUGGGUCUGCUGUUACUUGUGGAAAAGAAACCUGAAUUGUGUGGCCUAAAAUCAGAGGUGACUUACACAGUGAUACAGUAUUCACACUUAACAGGCUUUAGAGGUGAUCAAAGCAUACAGUGAACAAAAGUGUGUUCAAAAAAAGAAACAAGGUGGCACAGAGGUAUCCCCAGGGUGAUUAUAUGUUUACAGAACCAUUUGGGCUAUUAUAUCUAAUAUACUGUCUUUAGAGCAGUGCCUUGAUAAUUACUGCUGAAGUCCUAGGACCAAGUUGAAGACCACUAAGCUGCUCAGUCUUGCUGUCUAUGAUCCUAUGACUAUCAGCAUAACCUUGCUAACAUCUGUAAUAUUAAAAGACAUGUUGGCAGGAUUUGGGCUACUGAGUCAUUUUAGUGGGCUUGACCAAGACCAAGGAUUUUAAAAACUGAAAUUGAUCCUUCUUGAUUCUACAGGGGAAUUACGAUUUGCUUCCUCUCCAGAAAUGAUGCUUAUUACUAAACUGUAUUCUCUUAUUCUCUCUGUUACAUUUUCAGAAAUCUUUGGUAUGGAGGUUUGAAAUGAAUGUAUUUUGAAUUAUGUUGCAGUUCAUUCUGUCAAAGCAUGCUGCUUACACAAGUCUCAUUUGUACAAAUCUAUUGCUAAAUGAUUCUUUUGUACUCAAAGUUGUGUAUUUUUGACAUUUCUUGUUACUUAUGUAAAAAUAUUUAUGUAUAUAGAGAAGAAAAUUGUUUUGCCUCUUA